AUGCAGAGAUCAAUUUCCUGGGCAUUGGAAUCGACGGCGAAGAGAUUUUUUCAUCGGAAUCUUCAGGGGAAAGGUAAUCCUAGACUCGCUCCUUCUUCCUUUUAUCUUUGCUGCGGACGACGAGCUUUCGCUAGUGGCAGUGAUGAUUACAGAGAUAUAUUGAGUAGAAAUGGGCUGAGUGAUUUGAAGCUAGACGAUGCUGUUGAUCUGUUCAGUGUUAUGGUCAAGUCUCGUCCUCUGCCUUCAAUUAUCGAGUUCAGUAAACUGUUGAGUGCCAUUGCUAAGAUGAAAAAGUUCGAUGUUGUUAUCUCCUUGGGUGAGCAGAUGCAGAAUCUGGGAAUUUCACACAGUCUCUAUACUUACAGUAUUCUCAUAAACUGUUUCUGCCGCUCCUCUCAACUCCCUCUUGCUUUAGGUCUUCUUGGGAAGAUGAUGAAACUCGGCUAUGAGCCCGAUGUUGUCACGCUUUCUUCUCUUGUCAAUGGUUUCUGUCACGGGAAUAGGAUUUCUGAUGCCGUAGCUUUGGUUGAUCAGAUGGUGGAAAUGGGAUAUCAACCUAAUACGGUGACAUUUACAACUCUGAUUCAUGGGCUUUUUCUCCACAACAAAGCUUCCGAAGCGGUGGCUUUAGUUGACCGAAUGGUUCAAAGAGGUUGUAAGCCGAGUCUCGUUACUUACGGUGUGGUGGUAAAUGGAUUAUGUAAGAGAGGUGAUAUUGAUUUGGCUUUAAGUCUGCUCAACAAGAUGGAAGCAGGGAAAAUAGAGGCUGAUGUUGUAAUCUACAACACAGUCAUCGAUGGUCUCUGCAAAUACAAACAUGUGAAUGAUGCACUCAUCCUGUUCAACAAAAUGGAAAGCAAAGGAAUUAGAGCCAAUGUUGUUACCUACAGCUCCCUCAUUAGUUGCCUUUGUAAUUACGGAAGAUGGACUGAUGCCUCUCAACUACUUAGAGAUAUGAUUGAAAAGAAAACCAACCCCAAUGUAGUUACGUUCAAUGCAUUGAUCGAUGCGUUUGUGAAGGAGGGGAAGCUUCUAGAAGCUAAGAAAUUGUACGAGGAGAUGAUCAAAAGGUCUAUAGAUCCUAAUAUUGUCACUUAUAAUUCAUUGAUCAAUGGGUUUUGCAUGCACGAUCUCCUAGACAAGGCUAAGCAUAUGUUUGAAUUCAUGGUUAGCAAGGAUUGCCUCCCAAAUGUAGUGACAUAUAAUACUCUCAUAAAGGGGCUCUGUAAGUCUAAGAGAGUAGAAGAAGGUAUGCAACUCUUCCACGAGAUGUCUCAAAUGGGAUUGGUUGGCAACACAGUCACUUACACCACUCUUAUCCAAGGGUUUUUUCAAGCUGGCGACUGUGAUUAUGCCCAAAUGGUAUUCAAACAGAUGGUUUCUGAUCGUGUGCCUGCCAAUCUUAUGACGUACAACAUAUUAUUAGAUGGGCUUUGUAAUAACGGGAAGCUAGAGACAGCAUUGGUCAUACUCAAGGACAUGCAAAAGAGUGAAAUGGAACUUGAUAUUAUUACAUAUAAUACUAUGAUUGAUGGGAUGUGCAAGGCUGGUAAGGUGGGAGAAGCGUGGGAUUUGUUUUGUAACCUCGGCCCUAAAGGAUUGAAGCCUAACGUUGUAACCUACACAACGAUGAUCUCUGGCUUGUGUGGGAAGCGGUUACUGCACAAAGCUGAUGCCUUGUUUAGAAAAAUGAAAGAAGAUGGAAUUCUCGCAAAUAGUGGUACCUAUAAUACGCUGAUCAGGGCACAUCUAAGAGAUGGUGACAAAGCAGCAUCAGCAGAACUCAUCAAAGAAAUGAGGAUUUGCGGGUUUGUUGGAGAUGCUUCGACGUUUGGCUUGCUCACAAAUAUGUUACAUGAUGGGAGAUUGGACAAAAGCUUCCUCGAUAUGCUUUCUUAA